CUGGCUUCCUGGUGCGUCGCUAUGGCGCUAAGCUGGUGCUCUUCAUACCCACCUUUGCGACGGCUUUGCUGAGCUGCCUCACCCCCGUCUGCAUUAGCUGGGGCGGCUGGCUGGCGUUCAGUGUGCUGCGCCUGAUAAUCGGAUUGUUUCAGGGCCUAAUCUUUCCCUGCAUUCACGAGCAUCUGGCCAAAUGGUCGCCGCCCAAGGAUCGCAAUCGUUUGGGCGUCUUUGCCUAUUCGGGGUCCGAUUGUGGCUCCGUUAUGGCCAUGGCUAUUAGUGGCUUGAUUGCCGAGAGUUCGCUGGGCUGGCCGGGCAUAUCGUACGUUUCAGCCGGACUCUGUGGCGUUUGGUGCAUCCUUUGGCUAUUGCUCGCUGCGGAUAAUGCGCCCAGCUCACGUUUGAUUGGCGGCGAUGAGCGUGAUUACAUUGAGCGUUCGAUGAGACGCAACGACGGCUUCCAUGACCAGAAGAUAGCGAUACCGUGGCGUGCGAUUUGGACCUCGGCGCCGUUCUACGCCCUGCUCGUUGUGCGCAGCGCCCAGGGCUGGGCGAACUCAACGAUGCAGCUGCAAACGCCGGCAUACAUGCACGGCGUACUCGAGAUGGACAUCAAGAGCAACGCCCUCUAUUCGGCUCUGCCCUUCCUGGCCAUGUGGUGCAUGUCGUAUGUGUAUUUGGCCAUUGCCGAUUUGAUCAUGGCCAGGAAGUGGCUGUCGCUGACGACGCUGCGCAAGUCCAUCAACACGAUAUCGUACUGGGGUCCGGCGGCCGCCCUGAUUGGCAUCGGUUUCCUUGACAAGAGCCAAACGGGCCUGGCCAUUGCUCUGAUGACAAUUAAUGCCGGCCUCAAUGCGGGCUCCGGCAUCGGCAGCAUUUUGACCAUUAUCGACAUGUCGCCCAAUCAUUCCGGCAUGCUAAUGGCCAUCGUCAAUGGCGUGGGCAAUAUCUUUCCGCUGCUGACGCCGCUGCUGGUGGGCGUCAUUGUUACCGAGCCG